CUAAUGCGUUAAUUAAUGGCGCUAUCUUUUCUCUAUUACUACUAUCCUCGAUGCUCAUCGAAUCGUUGAUGUGAAAAACCAACGAGUACCAUGGCUGCCGGGGAAGAAUCCUCCACUUCUCGCUCUCUCCAAGAGACUCCCACUUGGGCCGUCGCUACCGUUUGCUUCGUCUUCAUCUCCCUUUCCAUUAUCAUCGAAUACUUGAUUCAUCGCAUCUCAAAUUGGCUCAAGCGACGUAGGAAAAUUGCACUCUUUGAUGCCGUCGAGAAGCUUAAAUCCGUGCUCAUGGUGCUGGGUUUCAUGUCACUUAUAUUAACUGUGAGUCGGAGCUUCAUCUCCAAAAUUUGUAUACCCAAUGAAGUUGCAAAUUCUAUGCUUCCAUGCCGGAAAACCCUUGAUUCUAUUAGAACUACCCAAGACUUGGGAUACGACCAAAUAUGGAGCGUCCAUGGAUUGCAUGAAAGAAUAUUGGAUGAUGAAAAUGUUUCUCCAGAGUACUGUGAUUCCAAGGGAAAGACGUCUCUAAUAUCAGAGGUGGGGGCGAACCAGCUGAGCAUCUUCAUCUUUGUGUUAGCGGGUAUGCAAAUUGUGUAUACGGUGCUCACUAUGGCUUUGGGAAGGGCUAAGAUGAGGCGUUGGAAAACCUGGGAGAAGGAGACGCGAACGGUGGAAUAUCAAGCUGCCAACGAUCCUAAUCGUUUUCGAUUCACAAGACAAACGACUUUUGCACAACGCCAUAUAAACCCAUGUACAGACGCAUCAAUCCUUUUGUGGACUAAAUGCUUCUUUCAACAGUUCUUUAAUUCGGUGGCGAAAGUUGAUUACCUUACUCUACGCCAUGGUUUCGUCGCUACUCAUUUAUCAGUAGGUAGUUCUUUCAAUUUCCAAAAAUACAUACAACGAUCACUGGAAGAUGAUUUCAAAAUUAUAGUUGGCAUCAGCCCAUUUAUGUGGUUCUUGGUUGUUAUCUUCCUACUAGUCGACGUACACGGUUGGAAUGUAUAUCUAUGGGUUUCAUUUCUGCCAUUGACAAUAGUGCUGAUUAUGGGAACCAAACUGCAAGUAAUAUUGGCAAAAAUGGCACACAGAGUGGAAGAUCAGAACACUGUAAUCCAUGGAGCCCCUUUGGUGCAACCCAACGACAACUUCUUCUGGUUCAAUAACCCCAAGUUUGUUUUGACCCUUCUGCAUUACACUCUCUUUAUGAAUGCAUUUGAGGUUGCCUUUUUCGUCUGGGUCACGACACAAUAUGGAAUAAAGUCCUGCUACCAUGAAAACAGAGAAAUAAUCGCCACAAGGGUGGUGUUAGCUGUGACGGUUCAAGUCAUAUGCAGUUACGUUACUCUCCCCCUCUAUGCUCUUGUGACACAAAUGGGAUCAAAUUUCAAGAGAGCUGUGUUGGAAGAGCAAACAACCAAUGCAAUAAAACAAUGGCACGCCGGUGUGAAGCUGAAACGGAAAAAACAACGCCGAUCUUCGCAGGCUGCUGCCGAUGAUUUUCCGGAAAACAGCACCACCAUUUCCACCGUGGAUUCAUCGUCUCAUCAGCCUCCAACACUUGCUUCUUUCGAAAUCUGUAGCUCUCCGGAGAUACAAGAAGCUGGCCCUGCUAUGCCUACCGUGGCAGUGGAAAUACAAAUGGCUUCCGUGGAGAAGAAAUUAGAGAGAGAUUACCGGGUUAUCUGACCAAUUACGAAGCCUUCUUUAUUUAUUUUUUGUUUAUUUAAUCUGUAUAGGAAUUAUUAGUAGAUAAUCCUUUGCAAAAUGAUUCAACUAAGAUACGAGCUACUUGUUCAUAUCAGAAAAUAGGGAAAUAACAUUUAAGUGGUUCUAUUAA